AUUCCCGGUUGCCGCGGGCGCUGUAGCGGCCACAUGGCGUCCGACAGCCGAUAGAAGAUUCUGGAAUAGUUGUGGAACCACGAGUGUUGGGGCCAUCUACACAUUACAGUUCGGUUGCUUUGCUUCAGGAAUUAUGUUCGCGAAGAAACAUAAGCAGAAAAAUGAAGGCUAAGGUUGUAUUUAUCAUUGCGCUAAUAUUGGUCUGUGUAUUCGUCCUGGUCCUGUACUUUGCGCUGAAGCCAGCGUAUCCCUUUGAGAGAAACAAUUCCUGUGAGAGAAACCAUUCCUUUGAGAAAGCAGCUGUUGCUACGGAUGCAGAGAAGUGUUCAGAGAUUGGCCGUUAUAUUCUGAGGCAGAAUGGCUCGGCUGUGGAUGCUGCCAUUGCCAGUUUGCUCUGUAUUGGAGUCAUGAAUGCACAGUACAUGGGAAUCGGGGGAGGCUUCUUCAUGACUAUUUACAACGCACAGACAGGAGAAGUAGAAACUAUUAAUGCCAGAGAAGUGGCCCCAAAUAAUGCAUCAGAGAAUAUGUUUAGGAAUAACAGAGAAGCUUCUUCUAAAGGAGGAUUGGCCAUAGCAGUUCCUGGUGAAAUCCGAGGAUACCAAUUAGCACAUGAAAGACAUGGACGGUUACCAUGGAAGCAGUUAUUUGAACCAAGCAUCAAACUUGCCAACGAAGGAUUCCCCAUUAGUCGGUUUCUUGCAGAAGCCAUAAGAGAAAAUAAAGUCUACAUUGAGAAUAACCAGUCUUUGUGUGAAGUAUUUUGCAAUUCCAAAGGCAACAUACUCCAGGAAAAUGACACAAUUAAAUUUCCAAAAUUAGCCAAAACUUAUCAGAUUCUGGCAGAUGAAGGAGCUGAUGCAUUUUACAACGGACCUCUCUCCCAAACGAUAGUGACUGAUAUCAGGAAUGCAGGUGGGAUUAUAACUCUUGAGGACCUGAGAAGUUACAGAGCUCAUAACCUAUCAUCUAAAGAUAUGGUGAACAUAUCAAUUGGUGACUACACGUUGUUUGUGCCAAGUGCUCCUACCAGUGGACCUAUGCUUGCAUUGAUACUGAACAUCCUGAAGGGUUACAAUUUUACUUCAGAUAGUGUUUCUUCUCCGAAGCAGAGGGCCUUGACAUAUCACCGAAUAGUUGAAGCCUUUAAAUUUGCAUUUGCAAAGAGAGGCAUGAUGGGAGAUCCACAAUUUGUCAACAUAACUGAGUUCAUUUCCAAUAUGACUUCAGAGUAUUAUGCGGCAAAGCUGUGGAGUAAAAUCACAGACAAUACAACACAUCCUCCAGAAUACUAUGAGCCUGAGUUCUACACCACCGAUGAUCAUGGGACAUCCCAUUUGUCCCUUGUAGCAGAGGAUGGCAGCGCUGUGUCAGUAACCAGCACCAUUAAUUUAGAAUUUGGGUCAAAGGUGAGAUCCAGAAUAAAUGGGAUCAUUUUCAAUGACGAAAUGGAUGACUUUUCUUCGCCAGGCACAACGAAUUCAUAUGGUCUUCGACCUUCCUCAGCCAACUUCAUCAAGCCAGGUAAAGUACCCCUUUCAUCUAUGUGCCCUGUCAUUCUCCUUGAUCAAAACAAAUCCGUAAAGAUGGUGGUGGGAGCCUCAGGAGGACCGAGAAUCAUUACGGCAACUGCUCAAGUGAUCAUGAAUGUGUUGUGGUUUAAUUACACUGUUAAGGACGCUGUGACUAAACCCAGAAUUCACAAUCAACUAAACUUCACUGUGACUGAAUUUGAGAAAGAUAUGGAGGAGGCUAUAAAAGAAGGCUUGGAAGAGAGAAACCACACAUUGAAUGAAACCGAUCCUACAUUAGCUAGUGCAGUCCAGGCCAUCGUCAGAGACAAAGGAAAGUUGUUUGCUGAAUCAGACUACCGUGAAGGGGGCUGGCCUGCAGGUUACUGAUGGGCCUGUGGGGCUGUGAUCAGCAGAAUUCUGUUAAAGUUCAUUUUGCUCCAGCAAGUCAUAACAUUUCGGGAAUAAUUAACUAAAGGAAUGAUACUGAGUGAAUACAAUCAAUAAACAAUGGUUUUUAAUCAA